AUGUGGCCAAAUGCUACAGAACCUAGAAAUGGUUUGAAUCUUGCCAAUCCUCAACUAUCAUCAAAGCAACGACUACGGUGGACAGAUGAGCUUCAUGGGCGUUUUGUGGAUGCUAUCACUCAACUUGGUGGCCCAGAUCGUGAGUAAUUUUUACUUAAUUUCAUUGAAUCAAUGGAUAGAGUUUUACAUUUUCUUUUUAAUACAUUCGGACAUUCCUCUGUGAUAAUCAAGGUUUUCAGUUCUAAACGGAUCCAUUAUGGUGACUUUGAUAUAUUUAUGCUUUUUUGAGACUCUAAAAUAUGCCCAAGCUUGCAAAAUAAUAUAUUGAUGUCCUAUUCACUAAGCGGAAUGGUGCUGUAUUUGGUGCUCCUGCAAUGUAGAAAUAUAGAGCUCAGUAAAGGGCUUACAUGAUUGUCACUCAAUCAGAAGAUGACUAUACUUCUGCUUUUCCAAACUCAUGUUUUAACGUAGCAGGAAAUAACAUUGAUUUUCUCAGAUUUCCCACAUUUCAGGAGCCACCCCGAAAGGCAUCCUGAGGGUUAUGGGUGUGAAAGGGCUGACCAUAUACCACAUCAAAAGCCACCUGCAGGUAAAAUAUCUGAAUGAUUACGUCUCACUUCCAUAUGAAAUUUUCACGGCAUUCCUGGCUCGUUAUAAUUUAUCUGCCGCAAUAAACUUCUUUAUUUAUGCAGAAGUAUCGGCUUGCAAGUUAUGUUCCUGAGUGUUCAUCCGAUGGUAGGUGGAUAUAAUCUCAUUUCUGAUACUUUUGUGCAACAAGCAAAUGAAUCUUAUUCCUAAUUACAGUCCAUGUCUGAAAAGAUUCCCGUAUUUAGUGUCCCCAGGUAGAAAGGCAGGAAAUAAAGAACGUGGGGAGGAAAUUUCUCGCCUGGAUGAUUCAGCGUAAGCUUGAUCUUUAUUUUUCCCCUCUCUGAUAUCUGGUUGUGACAUGUUCAGUCGAAAAAUUUCUUGCAAUCUUUUGAAGAUAUAUUCUUGUUGCAUUUACUUGAUAAACUUUGGAACACCAUUACAUUUGAGAAAAGGGCUUACUUGCCUUGCUGUUAGCCAAACCCUAUGCUUUCUGUUUUCUGAUAGCCAUAAUCUUUCUGCCCAUACGCCCUCUCCCUCUCUCUCUCUCUCUCUCUCUCUCUCUCUCUCUCUCUCUCACUCACUCACUCACUCACUCACUCACUCACUCACACUCACACACACUGUAUGUAUGCAUUUCUAUAAGAGAGUGUACUUGAAAUAUUUAAGCAAGUACAAUAUUUUAAUUUUUUAUUCUACACUUUUUAUAGAAGAUCAAUUAGGUGCUAUUGGAUUUCUGAUUUAUGGUAGAUAUCUAUUAUUCGAUGAAUGAAUAACAAGUCAUGACUAAGGCUCCAUCAUUUUUUAAUCCAUCACAGGAUACCGAUAACAGAGGCUCUCAAGUUGCAGAUGGAGGUGCAGAAGCGUCUGCAUGAGCAGCUAGAGGCAAGCUCUUCUCCACCUGAAUAUUUUAUCCACAAGUCCUUUGUUGCCCUGGGAAUAUUGUCAACUGUUUUCUCGGAGAUGAUGCAUCUGCAAGCAAGCAUGAUGACUCCGAUCCCCUUCGGAAUUAUUUCCAAAGUUCAUUCAUUAAUAUCAUAUCAAAUAUAAUAUAUAUAUAUAUCAAGAUAUGCAUUUAUAUAUAUUCACUUUCAACUUAAUUACCAUUCAGUGAUGGUAUCUCAACAUUAUACUACUAAAGUUAGCAAAAAUGUCAUUUUUCUGCAGUUGUGCGUCUUGUGAGACAUUUUAUCUGUUCAUCUAUUUGAAACUUCAACUACACCGUCAUCACCAGCUUCAUUCUCAUGACAAGGGGCUGUUACUGGGCCGAUUACUAUCCGAUGUUCUUACAGCGGGCCCCACAAUGCAGGUUCAGAGGCAGCUGCAGCUUCGGAUUGAAGCCCAAGGAAAGUACCUGCAGAGGAUCAUCGAAGAGCAGCGGAGGCUCAGCAGUGUUCUUACCGAAGGGCCAGGGUUAAUAGGUGAGGCAGGACUGCAUUCAGCCAAGACCGACCCGUUGACCCCCGUUCCAUCUUCAGAGUCACCCCUUCGGGGAACCCUGCAGCCUACCCCAAGAUCGGUGACAGGCGCUUGA